GAAGAACAACAAUCUCACUUUGUCUUUUUUUCUCUCUCUCUCUCUCUCUCAUAGAAAAGGAAGUGGUGGAAGAUGCCGAGGCCAGGGCCAAGACCGUACGACUGUAUCAGAAGAGCUUGGCAUAGUGACAGACACCAACCCAUGAGGGGUUUGCUCAUCCAAGAGAUUUUCAGGAUUGUUUGUGAGAUUCACAGCCAAUCCACCAGGAAAAACACAGAAUGGCAAGAGAAGCUCCCUGUUGUUGUCUUGAGAGCUGAAGAAAUCAUGUAUUCCAAAGCCAAUUCUGAGGUUUUUCUUCCAACAUUUUAAUUACAAAGGAUUGUUUCUAAAUAGUAUUUCGAUUUUCAUUUUUUGCUUUUUAUUGCCCUCUUUGAACAGUGUGACUGAUAGUCUCUGGUAAUCUGUACUAAACCUUGGAUUUUAUGGAGUUGAUAGAGUGGAUUUGUAGCUAAUGUGUUCAUUUGGAAUAUGAAUAUUUUAUAUACUUCUUGUGGGUUUGAUGUUAGGCUGAGUAUAUGGACAUGAAGACCCUUUUAGACCGUACAAACGACGCCAUCAACACAAUCAUACGACUUGAUGAGACCACCGAAACAGGGGAAUUUCUUCAGCCUUGUAUUGAAGCUGCAUUGCAUUUGGGGUGCACACCAAGGAGAGCUUCAAGGAGCCAACGGAACAUUAACCCGAGAUGUUAUCUUAGCCAAGACUCAACUAACUUGGACAACAUGUUGUCCCAAGUAUUCAUGAAACCAAACAACUUUGCUCCAAAGAAUCUUGCAGUAGCACAAGAGAAUUGCCCUGUCUCCAAGUACUCUGCCUACCCUUUAUGCUAUUCAUUCCGGCCAAUCAGUGACUCGUGUAAGUCCAAGAACAGUAGACCGGCGAGUCUCAUUGACGCAACAAAUGGCAUUACCUUUGGUGGGUGUGAAUGUGAUCUAUCUCUGCGCUUAGGUCCUCUUGGACCUCCUACUCAAAAACGAAGUAAGAUAAGCAGCAACAAUAACAACUGAAAAGGAGAGCAAGAUUGGGUUUUGAUUAGCAAGUCUUGUGUUAGAAGAAUGUGUGCUUAGUUAGGCCUUUUAGUCUCCUCUCUAGACCCUAGGUUUAGGUUUGUGAACAUGUAAAUAGAGAGACGAAGUAACAAAACAGGAGAUGAAGUCGUUUUCUUCUACCUGCAUCAAUCUCGAAUCAUCAGACUUCACGAAUGUAUUUUUACAUUGCAACACUGUUCGAGAAAUAUCCAUUCCACAUCUCUGUUUUCACAACAAGCAUAUUAAAUGCCCUACAUUGGAUUUUCCAUCGAAAGACUUUAGUUAGACUCCAUCUGAUUCUUCGGCGACCGAUGAUGACUCUAGCAGGCUCCUUAUGAAAUGGGCUUUUUUGAGCCAACUCAAUUUAGGCCCAUUUAGUUGCAAGUAGGCUGAAGAACAUUCGGUAAAACGGAUCGAACUUAAAGUUUCGUUUGCAUUUUUAUGAAGAUAAGAC